AUGCUCGACGCGGAGGACGCGGCUGCGGCCGCUCAUCGACGCACCACCUACCAACGUGUUUUCGAUACAACCGAGCAGAUACUUCUCUCGCUUAUCAAAACAACGCCGACACUCGAAAGCCGCAAGAAAAGUGCUGCCGUGAAAAAGGCCAGCAAGAAGAAGCCGGAGCCCGCCGCGGAUCCCGAGCUUGACGUGGAGAAGACGCAGAUGAGCACCAGGGCCAGCCCAAACCCUGGCGCCAACCCGGCUGAUGAGCUCCCGAAGGCUACAGUCUCCUACAAUCGAUCGGGAUCCGAAACAACUGUCAAGCGCGAGGAGCCCACAGAGAGCCAGAAAAAGAAAAGAAAGCCCCGAAAACUGACAAAGUCCAAGUCAAAGAAGUCGAAAUCGAAGAAGGUCAUCGCCAAGAAAAGCGAGAAGGUGGAUGAAGACUCGGAACGCUUUGCCAUCGAAAUCGGCAAGGAGUCAAAAGUGUCUCCCCUCCCAGGCAACGCUUUUGGGGUGCUGAUCUCGGCCUCGGUGGCGGUGCGCAACCUGGAGACGGGCGAGCCAUCGAAUAUUGAAUUCAAGCUGGAGUGCCCCGCGAUGACGCCAAGCCGGGUUUGCGUUAAUGGAGUGUGGAAGGACCUG